CCCUAAUAACGGUGUAUGCGAUAGAAUGCUGGCUUUAAUAUGAGAAACCUCCUAUUCCAUAGCGCCCAGUGGAUGUCGCAGAUGCUACUUAUAUCACAAUGGCUGGGUCGGGCCCUUUCCGAGACCUCAUAUGGGAAGCUCACGUCCUGAAGCGAUCUCAUCUUGCUUAGUUGAAGCAUCAGCGUCUUUCUGAAAGCCCUACGAUGGCACACGAUCCCGACCAUGCCUUCAUCCAGGAGGUCUGGGGCCUCCAAGGAACUGCAUAUCUCGUCGUUGUCCUCCGCUACUACAACAGGGUGGCAACUUUGGGAUGGAGGGGCCUCGCAUGGGACGAUGCUAUUAUGGCUCUGGCUGUUGUAGUUUACACUGCCGAGUCGAUCAUGGCGUAUCUCGUAGUAGCACGCUGGAAGAGUCUCGCCAAUAAUAACAUGACAGACCAAGAACGCGCCGCGCUCGAUCCGCAGUCCGAAGAGUGGUAUCUGCGCGUGAAUGGUUCGAAGACCCAUGUCGUAGGCCUUCUUUUAUACACUACGCUCCUCUGGCUCCUCAAGGCAUGUUGGCUGGUGUACUACGCGCGUUUGACAAAUGGAAUUCAUCGCAUAAGGCUGGUGAUCCAAUGGGGUGUCGUUGUCGUCGGCGUGACUUAUGUGUCGUGCCUGCUGGUGGCCUUCUUGAAAUGCAUCCCCUUCGAUCGACAAUGGCAGAUCCAACCUUCGCCUGGCAAUCACUGCAUGCCUGCUAUAUCCGCCGUCCAGACCAUCUACGUUAUGGUCAUGAAUACGCUCACUGAUUUCUACCUUAUGGCCAUUCCACUCCCCGUCGUAUGGAAGGUCCAUCUGCCCUGGCGGAAAAAGCUUGUCCUACUGGUUAUGUUCAGCGGCGGGUUUCUCGAGAUGGUAUUCGGCCUACUACGCGAAUAUGGCACUGACGAUUCUUCGCGUCUACAUAUACAGUUAGGCGACGUCGAACCGGCCCAAUCCGGAUACUGGUCCGUCCGCGAGUCGUUUGUCUCCUUCGCCCUGACCAACAUGCCGAUGAUCUACCCGCUGUUCAAGAGCCUCGUCGAGAAGGGCCGUAGUGCCGGGAGGUCCCGAGAUGGGAGCAAAGACGACGGCCGGGGCUACCGACUCGGUAGCCUGUCGAGGCGUCCCCAAACCCCAGGCAGAGAAGGCCGGGGAUUCCCCAUGCAGAAUUCCGUAUCUUGGGGCUCGGACGAUCAUAUUGUGCAGAGAGGGCAGGAUCUUCUUUCGGGCGGUGAAGGGGGGUCGUCCCUCAAGCUCCCGAAGCAGCGUACUAGCGGCGGGCUGGCCCCAAGAAACAAAUCUCGCGCUCAGGGGUCAGCAACAGUCGCAGGGAUCUCGCCAGACUAUAACCAGAUCGUAAUUACCAAAGAAUACACGGUGACGGAGGGGGCCUUGCAUGGGCUCUAG